AUGUCAUGGCAAUGCAUUCGCCGACAGCUGCAAUGCAUGCGGCAAGAAGGCGUCCGGUCAUGGUGCCAGAGAUGGGUGGACAUGCACCUGAUACAGCCGGCUCGGGAGAUGACGCGGCAGCAGAUGAUUGUCUCUGCUGGCGUGGGCUUUUGGGGAGGGCUUUUUCCAGUGCCACCCUGCACUAUGCCAGCCACAGUCUUCUGCAUCACCAUGUACUCCGCGGGUGUGCCGAAGGUCCAGCGAUUCAGCCUUCCGAUGGCCAGCGUAGCGGUGAUCAUCAACGAGCUUUCCCUGCCAGCAGAUCUGGCGAUGAUGCCAUGCUUCAUCAUGCUCGGCCAGACCGCCUACCGAAGCAUUACCGGAGAAAGCCUCGCUCCGUGCAGCGAGGUCCUCAAGGACCUCCAGGCCUGGCGGAGCAAUGAAAUGUCAAGCUACACCUCCCAACUCCCCAAAUGCCGGAAUCUUUAUUUCGGAACCUCCCCUCAAGCGAGUGAUAUUGUGGGAGUAACUGGAGGUCCAGCUGAGGUAUUACAAUUUACUUCCAGCGUCUAA